UGAAACUGCAGUAAACCAGUCAUUUCCUAUCGUGAUACUGACACAUAUACAUUUUACUCCCGGUUUACACGUUGUAUUACGGUAAAACAUGGACGGUCUAUGUUAGAGCUGCCAGUGAAGCCUCACUGUUGGGAUAACAGAGUGUUUUCUGGUUUGUAUUACAUCAGUAUUCAUGAUGAUAACUCCUGCGUUUGACCUGAGUCAAGAUCCCGACUAUCUGAUCCUCAACAUCCGUGUGCCCUACACCAGAACAUCGGAGUUUGACCUUUACAUUGAUGGGACAGAUUUCAAAUUCUAUGCCAAGCCCUACUUUCUCAGAUUGUCUCUUCCUGGAAGAAUAGUUGAGGAUGGGAGAGAAAGGGCUAAAUUUGACAUUGAUAAAGGACUCUUUACUCUUCAAGUCCCCAAGGAAACAGCUGGAGAGCACUUUGAAGGACUUCAGAUGCUGACAAGUCUCCUCGCCCCAAAAGGCUCCCGUUCAGCCAAACCACUUGUAGAGGAGUUAAGCACAGGGUGCAGUGAAAGUGCGGGAGAUGAUGAAGGUGAAGAUGAGGAUGAAUUUGACUGGGAGGUUGAGCAGGAGGCGUACAAGGAGAGCUCCGAGGAGGAGCUGAGAGCCAUGCAGACAUACGGCUUUGGCAAUCAGAGGUCUGGAGUGUUUGCCAGAUUACAGGAGGAACUGAGCGAUGUGAUUGAUGUCAAGAACCCAGAAGGAACGUCAGCAGCAGAGAGAAGGCAGGCACGGCUGGACGCAGAGGCAUCUGCUUUUUCUCCCGACCAUUACCUGGCUGAUUUGUUUGAGGAUGAAGAGAUUAAGGGGCUGCUGAGGUUUACUCCAUGGUGGGCGAAGCUGAGUCCUUCCGCAGAGCAGGAGGGAGAAGCUGCUGUGUCAUUCAUCGACGACGAGAAGGAGCAGCUGAGAAAGUUCACCAACCGCUCGUACCUGCUAGACAAGACAUCUCGCAAUCAAGUGUGGCUCGGCCUUGUGGACAUCCUGCUGGCUUAUUGCUAUGAAGUGCGCUCUACAGAGGGAGAGCACAAUGUCGAGUCAUCGUGGACUAUCAGAAAAGUCAGCGGGACUCUCUGCUGGCUCGAGAUGUACAGCUCCUUGCAAGAUGUCCUGGCAUCAUUUGGACGGAGGGUUUUGUGCUACCCACUCUACAGACACUUUGACAUGGUCUCUGCAUCCAUUCAUGACACAUUUAAGAUUUUGCAAGCAGGGAAAGCCUGUGUCCUCAAAUGCCUGUUGGAUAUCCACAAAGUCUUCAGAGAGAACGACCCGGCCUACAUACUGAACGAUCUGUACAUCACAGACUACUGCGUCUGGAUCCAGAGGGUCAAGUCCAAGAAGAUGACAUCCUUGGCCGCAGUGUUACAAAACGCCUCCCUGCAGAAAAAAGACUUGGGGCUGGAACUUGAAGAGCUAGAGGAGGCAGCAAGAAUGGUGGCAGUGGAGGAAGAAGGAGAAGAGAAGGGCGCUCUGGUAUCCUGCAGUGACAGCAGCAGUGCUUCCAGUGACAGCAGCAGCAGCAGCAACUCAUCUGAUGAGAGUGAGGAAUCUGAGGCUGAAGGGCAAGACUGCACCGACUCAAACGAGGGGGGAGGAGAAGGAGGAGGAGAGAUGUGGAAGGACAACCCUCCACAUCCCCAACCCAGCUUCGCUGCUUCUCCCAUCCCCCAGGAGCCCACGAGCGCACCCUUCUCAGCGGAGAAAGUGGACACCCUCCCCUCAGCCUCAGAAAGCUGCAGACAGCUGAUCCAGGAGCUGGGGGAACGAGUGGCAGAGGAGUUGAACAUUUCCCAAGAUUCCAGCUGCAAAGCAGAAAGAAGCUGUUCACAGCCCAGCCGCUUUGCGGAAAACACUGAAGCAACAUCUGGGAGGAGCAGCAGUGGGACUCUGUUAGAGCCGAGUACGCCCAGGAACCCUCUGCUCAUCGUCCAAAUGCAGGAAGAUCUCGAUGACAGCAACUUCAUCUCCUGACAGAAUAUGUUGUGGAACCUGAAAGCCACUUUAUAAACUGUUAACCCUGUGUAAGUGAUGUAAGUGUGCAACUGUUUAGUUUUUAAUGAUUUCAUUUCUGUGUAAUUUGUACUCAAACCCUCUUCUAAAGGAUAUUAUUUUACAUAAUGAAUGGUAUUUUCUUAAUUUAUGAACAUGGUAUGCCUGAAUAAAUUCUUUAAUUUCAUACAU